CAUAGAAUGAAGGUAAUUAUGGAGAGCAUAAGAACAAUUAAGCCAACUUAUGAAGGCAAUCCUCAACCUCAACCACAACCCUUGCUCUCAAUUCCCCUCACUGUAUUUGACAAGGUUAGCUAUAAUAUUCAUUUUGCUGUUAUUUACGCUUAUCGCCCGCCCACACCGCCGAAUGCAAUUCUUGAAUAUGGCCUGAAAAAAGCAUUAGCAAAAUAUAGAGAGUGGGCCGGAAGAUUAGGAGAAAAUGAGAAAGGCGAUCCCGUCAUAAUUUUAAAUGACAAGGGCGUGAAGUUCGUCGAGGCGUCCGUGGACAACAAACUUGAUGAAGUGAUGCCGUCGGAACCAACUUCAGAUGUACUCAAUCUACACCCUAACUUGGACGAUGUAGAAGAGUUACUACAAGUUCAGCUUACAAGGUUUACUUGUGGCUCGCUCGUUGUCGGCUUUACUACCCAACAUAUGAUUGCCGAUGGGCAUGCCGUUAGCAAUUUCUUAGUUGCAUGGGGAAGAGCUAGUCGAGGACUUGACGUCAAGCCUCUGCCCUUACAUGAUCGAAACAUUUUUAAUUGUCGCAGUCCGCCCUAUUUACAAUUCGAACAUGGUGAAAUCGAGUAUAAAGUCAAAGGUGGUGAUGGUACAAAGUUGGACGAGUUUGGUACUUGUAAUAAAUCUACCGAAGACAUUGUUAUCCGUAAAAUUAUAUUUACAUCGGAUUUUCUUUCCAAGCUCAAGGCUAGGGUUUCAAGUGGAAUAACUAACAAUAACAACAAGCCGUGUACAACUUUUGAAGUCUUAGUUGCUCAUAUAUGGAGAACUAUAACCAAGGCUCAUGGACUUGGUGGAUCUGAGAAUGUCCAUGUUAGAAUCUCGGUGGAUGGUCGGAGGAGAAUGAUUCCUAAGGUGCCCAAUGAGUUCUUUGGCAACUUGGUGCUAUGGACGUAUCCAACAACGAGCGUUGAUGAUUUAUUGAGCGAGCCAUUGGCCUAUGCAACUCAGCUAAUCCACAAUAAUAUUACUGAGCUUAAUCACAACUAUUUCCAAUCAUUUAUCGAUUUUGCUACUCUUAAGGCGAAAGAUGAAGGCCUCGUGUCGGUGGCGAAAAAACAAGCGGGGCAUUCGGCAAUGGAAUUUCUCUGGAAAGUAUACCCGAAUAUGGAUGUCUAUAGUUGGUUGCAGUUUCCAUUUAAUGAGCUUGAUUUUGGAGGAGGGCGUCCUUAUCUCUUCAUGCCCUCUUAUUGUGCUAUGGAGGGAGUAGCUUUUCUCGUGCCUUCUCUUACAAGCGAUGGUAGCAUUGUCGUCUUCGUAACUCUUUUUAAAGACCAUAUGACUAUUUUCGAGCAAAUUGUCUAUUCAUUAGACUAA